GUGCAAGCCGCGGCGCGAGGUCGCCCACGCUCCCUUCUCCCCGCCCUGUGGGUCCCGGGCAACCGGAGUGUUCUGGCGCCCGUGCGUGAUGACGUACACGCGCGCCAAGACGUGGGGACGCAGACGGGCCGUAGAGAGCGAGGCAACCCUCUUUAGCUGAAUCUUACCUGAAGAGCUCAGGAGCUGAGAGGCCUUAAGAGAGGUUGAAGGGCACAGUUCUGCCUGCUGGUGCUCAUCUUGAAUCUUUUGCGGUGACAUUCUGAGGCAUGUCGCUGGAACCCUGGAAUCCAGGACAUUGGGUGUGAAACUCUUCAUCUGUGGGAUAGAAAUCCUCAAGAGAUGAGUUCUCUCUAAGAAGUCCUUGCAGUAAGAAUUAUUAGACCAGCAAUUCACAGUCAUGGUUGUAAUGAGUCAGUUUGAUUCCAACUUUGAGCAAAUGUAGGAAUAAAUACUGUGCCUACUGCCCAUGUAGUCUCUUCCUUCGUACCAAAGUAUUCAAGAUUUCCUUGUUUCUUUCAAGGUUCAGCUCCCUGUAUAUCUUCCCAGAUGCCUAAAACCUGACCACAUUUUCCCAUCACUGGGUUGAUAUCUAACCAUGCAGCGGAGAUCAAGAGGAAUUAAUACUGGACUUAUUCUGCUCCUUUCUCAAAUCUUCCAUGUUGGGGUCAACAAUAUUCCACCUGUCACCCUAGCAACUUUGGCUGUCAACAUCUGGUUCUUCUUGAGUCCUCUGAAGCCACUGUUGGGCUCCUGCCUUAGUGUGGAGACGUGUUACCAGCAGAAAGACUGGCAGCGCCUACUGCUUUCUCCUUUUCACCAUGCAGACGAUUGGCAUUUGUAUUUCAAUAUGGCAUCCAUGCUAUGGAAAGGAAUCAAUCUGGAAAGGAGACUGGGAAGUAAAUGGUUUGCCUAUGUCAUCGUCACAUUCUCGCUACUCACCGGGGUGGUGUACCUGUUGUUGGAAUUUGCUCUUGCAGAAUUUAUGAAUGAACCUGUCUUCAGAAGGAACUGUGCUGUAGGUUUCUCAGGAGUUUUGUUUGCUUUGAAAGUUCUUAACAACCAUUAUUGCCCUGGAGGCUUUGCCAACGUUUUGGGCUUUCCUGUACCCAACAGAUUUGCUUGUUGGGCAGAACUUGUGGCUAUUCAUUUCAUCUCGCCAGGGACUUCUUUCGCUGGGCAUCUGGCCGGGAUUCUCGUCGGACUAAUGUACACUCUUGGGCCUCUGAAGAAAAUCAUGGAAAUGUGUGCAGGCAAUUUUCCCUCCCCUGUUCAUUACCCAGGACAGCAGUAUUACUUUAAUAGUUCAGGCUACUCCAGAUAUCAGGAUUAUUACCCCCACGGCAUGCCAGGUUACUCUGAAGAAGUACCCAGGGACUAUGACGCAUACACAGCAGGACUGAGUGAAGAGGAACAACUGGAGAGAGCGUUAAGAGCCAGCCUCUGGGACCGAGGAAACAGCCCCCCGGGUCCCCUGCCCUACGGGUUCCGUCUCUCACCAGAGGAAGAAAUGAGGAGGAAGCGGCUUCACAGAUUUGACAGCCACUGAGGGGGCAGGGCAUCCUGGGCAAAAGUGGUCCAGUCGUGUGAUCAUUGCCCAUGUGGCUCAUCAUUUCCCAAGCCCCUACUUGAACCAAAAGCACAGUACAGCUUUAUCUCACAUCUGCCUCGGCUCGUCACCCCGUGGCCCCUGUGGGUCUCCAUCCACCAGCAGAUUGACUUGUCUUGAAACCAGACUUCUGGAAGCAGCCCACGGCUCUCUGGGCCCUUCUCCCGGCCUCCUCCUGUGUCACAGGCGGAAGGUCCGUUCCUC